GUUUAAGGAGGCUGGGCUGCUUGAUGAGGCGGCCAUGGAGAGGCAAGACCGUGAAGCUUUGAUUGAGAAGGCUGAAAGGCUCGAAAGAGAGCUUUUUGAUUAUCAAUACAAUAUGGGCCUGCUGUUAAUUGAAAAAAAGGAGUGGACUUCCAAGCACAAUGAACUUGAAGAAGAACUUGCAGUAGCCCGGGAAAUCGUCAAACGAGAGAAGACAUCACAUUUAAUAGCAAUAGCUGAAGUUGAGAAGCGGGAAGAAAAGUUGAGAAAUGCUUUGGGAUAUGAGAAGCAGUGUGUGGCUGAUCUUGAGAAGGCUUUACGAGAAAUGCAGACAGAAUAUGAACAGAUCAAGCUUGCAUCUGAAACAAAAAUUGCAGAUGCCAGUGCUCUAGAAGCCGGAUUUCUGGAUCGAUCACUUGAAGUUCAAGAAAAGUUGCACAUGGCUGAUGCUAAGCUUGCAGAAGCAAGUAGGAAGAAUUUAGAGCUUGACAUGAAAUUGCACGAACUUGAGGCCCGUGAAAGUGUCCUUAGGACAGAGCGUUUAUCCUUCAAUGCAGAGCGAGAAGCACAUGAAGUAACUUUUUUCAAGCACAAACACGAUUUGCAAGAGUGGGAGAGGAAACUUCAAGAAAGGGAACAGAAGCUGUGUGACAGUAGGAGGAUCCUUAAUGAGAGAGAAGAAAAGACAAAUGAACUUGAUAGGGUUUUGAGUCUGAAAGAAAAGAAAGUUGAAGAUGAACAGAAGAAACUAGAUAUAGCCAAAUUGGCCAUAAAAGAAAGAGAAGUUGAUGUGAAUAAUAGACUCGAGCAGCUAAUCGGUAAAGAGCAAAAAGCAGAGAGUUGUAGAAUAGAUCUGGAGAUGAAGGAGAAGGAGUUGAAUACCCUAGCAGAGAAUCUAAACAGGAGAGAAGCAGUUGAGAUCCAAAAGCUCAUUGAUAAAAAACGAGAUUCUCUAGAAGCUGAAAUGCAGAAGUUUGAGAUGGAACUGGAGGAAAAAAGAAAGCUUUUUGAUGAGGAGAUGAAAUCAAAGAGGGAUGAUUUGCAGAAAAAGGAGGCAGAACUCAAUCACUUGGAGGGUAAAAUCAAGAAACAGGAACAAGCACUGGAUAAGAAGUCAGAAAGAGUCAAAGAUAGAGAGAAGGACACUGAGAUUAAGUCAAAUGAGUUGAAGGAGAAAGAGAAGUCUGUUAAGUCUGAGGAGAAAAGGUUGGAACUGAUAAAGAAGGAUAUAUCAUCUGAUAGAGAGAGUUUGCUGGUCCUUAAAGACGAACUUGAAAAGAUGAAGAGUGUUGUCAGCGAAAAAGAAAUGCACAUUUGUGAAGAAGUUGAAAAACUCAGAAUUACUGAAUCAGAGAGGGAAGAGCAUCUUCGCCUGCAAGCUGAGCUAAAACAGGCAAUCGAAAAGUGUAGGGUUGAACACGAAAUGCUUUUGAAGGAAGGUGAAGAGCUCAAGAGAGACAAGAAGAAAUUUGAAGAUGAGUGGGAAGCACUAGAUGAGAAACGAGCUGCUAUAGCUAAAGGAUUGGAAAAUAUCAGGGAGGAGAAGGAGAUGCUUGAAAAAUUGCAGCGUGACACGCAUGAACGAAUAAGAAACAACAAGGCAACCACAGAGGACUACAUAAAGAGAGAGUUAGAAGCUAUCAAAGCAGAGAAGGAAUCAUUUGCUGCAAUGAUGAAGCAAGAGAGGUUAAUGUUAUCUGAAAAAGCUGAAAAUGACUAUAAUCAACUCCUUCAUGGUUUUGAAGCUCGUAGAAUAGACCUCGAGACUGAUAUGCACAAUAAGCAAGAGCAAAUGGAGAGAGUCUUGCAAGAAAAGAAGAAGGCAUUUGAAGAGGAGAAAGCGAGAGAGUUUAGCAAACUCUGCAGUUUGAAGGACUCAGCAGAUAAGGAAAUGGAAGAAGUGAAAUCCGAAAGGCUUAUGUUAGAAAAAGAAAAACAGGAAAUCUUCGCUAACAGGAAAAAAUUGGAAGAGCAUCAGCUUGAAAUGCGCAGGGACAUUGAUGAGCUUGCUGUUGUCAGCAAGAAACUUAAGGGUCAACGAGAACAUUUCGUAAAAGAGAGAUGCCAAUUUCUCACAUUAGUUGAAAGGAUAAAGAAUUGUGAACGUUGUGGAGAAAUAGCACACAAUUUCACACUUUCUGACGUUAAUUUGGUGGAAAUGGAGAACAGUGAGGCUUCUCUCUCCGCUCUGGGAGAUGAAAUUUUGCAUAAGGUUGCUUCAUAUGUAGAAAAGUCUCCAGCUGCAGCUGAGAAAAACUUAUCAGACUCUGGUGGUCGGGUUUCUUGGCUUCGCAAGUGCACAAAAAUCUUCAAGUUGUCCCCUAACAAAAACAAUCAAAAUUUGGAGUCAACUUCAUAUGCCCCUGAAAUCAGAGUUUCAGAGGGGCCCAGUAGUACCCAUGUAGACAACAACAAACAAGAUGUUCCUCAGGAGUCGCAGCAAUCUGACAUUAGUGUCCGACGUGCCCGUGGUAGAAAACCUAAUUAUGGAAUCCGCAGGACCCACUCUGUGAAGGCGGUGGUUGAGGAUGCUAAAGCGAUUCUAGGCGGUAAUAAUUCAGAAUCAACGCAACCGGUUGAUGAUAAUCAUUCAAAGGAUUUGGUUGAAUUGAGUCGUGCUGACUCUAGCACUGCCACAACACGCAGGAAAAGGACCCGUGGGCAGACUUCUAAAUUGAGUUGGGCUGAAGAGGAUGGUGAUGACAGCGAGGGACAUUCUGAAAGUAUUACAAUGGGUGGUCGAAGGAAGAGGCGUCAAACGACUACUCCGAGUUUACCUAAUAAUCCAGUGGGGAAGCGCUACAAUUUGAGACACAGGAACCCAGGUACAACAGUUGGCAAAGCUUCAGUUAGUGCAAUAGAUCAUAGUUGGCAAACUUCAGAUACAAAUGAGCACAACAAUGGCAACCAUGAAGUCGCAACAGGAAACACGGAAGUGCCUCCUGCUCGAGUAGUAAGCAAGAUCGCUGACCAGAAUGGGCAUCAAACUACUCUGAUUCAAGCUGACAGUACUAAAGUUACUGAAACAAGAACUGUAUCCUCCAGCAGGGCCACAAAAGUAAUUUCCUCUUUGAAAAUUCCUGGAAGUGGCAAAGCCAAUAUGGUGACAUUGGUUGACAAAACAAACUCGAGUGAGGAGGUAAAUGGCACCCCAGAAUUCAAUGAGGAAGAUGAGUAUGAUAGCACAUCGCAUCCUGAAGGAGACGUUGACAGUGACAGUGAUGAAUCAGAUGGUCCUGGUCAGGCCUCCAUAGGUAAAAAGCUUUGGACAUUUUUCACGUCUUGAUUGUGAUUGUUUGGGUUAGUUUGAAUUUGGUGGGAAAGAAAUUCGCUUUACAACACCUUUUUUCUUGUACUAUAUUCAAUGGAAGCCUUGUUUUUUUAAAUGUGUAAAAGGGUCUGUUGUUAUUUUUGUAUUGCAGAUCCAUGUAGUAGUAGUGGGGAUUUAUACUUCCAUAAUGCCCUUAGUUUGACAGGCUUGAGUGUUCAUUUAUUGCCACGACCUUCCCAAAUAAAGCCGGGAAGAUCGGUCAUUUCUUGUGUCUUGCGGCUGCAUUUAUAACUCCCCCUCUGUAGUUCAUGACAACUCUUAUCGCUGGUUUGAAGUUUUGAACAUACACCACUCCAAUGUUAAACCGUUGAAAUUACCACACGAUACAGGAUAUGAUAACUGAUAAGUAAACGAAUA